GCUGAACUCCUAAUCUUAAUGAUGAGUCAAGCAGGUUUUAAUAAAAGAGCCAGUUUGGCUCAACUCUUUUACAAAUGUGCUAAACUUGAACUCAAUCUCGACCCGUUUAUUAACGAGGCAAAAGUAAACAAGACAAAGUUUGGCUCGACUCGGCCCUAUUUAUAACUUGUUUUAUGAUGAAGAAAAAAUAGCUUUAUAAAUUAUUUUUAGGGGUGGCAGUCGGUCGGUUUCGGUUCAACCGAAAAUUGAAAACCCGGUUAUCGAUUAAACCGAGCCACCCUCUAUAGCUGCCGACCACCGACCGUGAGAGUGGUCACGAUUAGCCGCCCACCGACCGGUCGGUUUCGGUUUUAGGCUCGGUUAGCCGGCCAAUCGGAAAACUACCUUUUCUAAAAAAAAAUUAAAAAUUAAAAGCAACACAAAAUCUGCACCACUCACUCCUAACCUAACCCCUCCGUUUUCUCGAUUCUUCUUCCCAGACUCUCUCUCUCCCUACUCUCUCUCUCGAUUCUCUUCUUCCUCUUGAAGGAAAAUCGAAAAACCCUUGCCGCCGCCCGCCAAGCCGAAAUCGCCUCCUCCCUCACCUCUCUCGUUCUGCCUCUCCCUCAAUCGGCGACAUCCUCUCUCUCUCUCUCUCUCUCUCUCUCUCUCUCUCUCGUUAUGUCUCCUCCAAUCUGAAAGAAGAAAGCGAACCAACAAACCAAGAACAAAUCGUUCCCUCUCUCUGCUCUUUCUCACUCUCCCUCAUCUUACCCAGAAGGCCAUAAAAUGAGCCGGGCUCGGGACGCCGGCGAUGGCCUCCGCCGCAGUGAGAAUGUGGAGCGGGUGCAGGUGGCGGGUUUGGCGGAGGUGCUGGUGGAGGCGGAGGGUUAGGCGGCGGCGACGGGUUAGGAGGCGGCGGUGGUUUAGGUGGUUGGAUUGGUAAGGGCGGGGAAUCGGCGGUGGGAUCAGAAAAGUUGGAGGGUUUGGCGGCAGAGCAGGUGGCGGGAUCGGAAAAGGUUGAGGUCUAGGUGGCGGAAUAGGUAAGGGAGGUGGGCUUGGGGGCGGUGCCGGCGGUGGGAAGGGCAGAGGACGUGGCGGCGGAGCAAGUGGUGGCUUUGGCAAGGGCUUGUUGGCUAUGGCGGUGGUGAGAGUGUAGAUCUGCUUCUUCUUCUUCUUCUUCCUGGAUUUGGGAAUUUUAUUUAUUCAAGAUGUGGGAAUGGAGAUGAAUCUAGACAGGAUUUUGGGAAGGUUAAGUGGGUCUCGGUUGGCCCGGUUAGUCGGAUAACCGCGGUUAAUCACCGUCGGUUACUCGAUCAACUGACCCCUUCCUUUUCCCAUCCGACCACCGACCGCCAAGGUAACUGGUCGAUUUUCGGUUAAAACCGGCGGUUACCCGCUAACCGCAAACCAAAAUGCCAGCCCUAAUUAUUUUUAAUACAUAACCCAAGAAAAAGCCCAGCCCAGUCAAGAAGUAACGAGGGAGAAGACCAAGUAGCACAAUCUCCGUAGAAGUCCACUGAAAAACCGCCACCUCUCCCUUUCUCUCCAUCCUCUCUGAGACUGAAACAUCUUCCUUUUUUUUUUUAACUCACUCACUUAGUCUUCAUCUUCCCUCUCUUCUCUCCCACACCCCAAAACCCCUCUCCUCUCUUCCGCUUCCCAAAUCAAGAUCUGAAUUCCUUCUCCGGCCACCACCACCGUCAGCAUCAAUGGGGAAAGGCGGAUCUCUGAGCGACUCCGUCCUCAAAAAAAUCCUCCUCUCCUACACCUACGUCGCAAUCUGGAUCUUCCUCUCCUUCACCGUCAUCGUCUACAACAAGUACAUCCUCGACAAGAAGAUGUACAAUUGGCCCUACCCGAUCUCGCUAACCAUGAUCCACAUGUCCUUCUGCGCCUCCCUCGCCUUCGUCCUCAUCAAGGUCUUCAAGGUCGUCGAGCCCGUCUCCAUGUCGCGGGAGAUGUACAUCUCCUCCGUCGUCCCCAUCGGCGCGCUCUACUCGCUCUCCCUCUGGCUCUCCAAUUCCGCAUACAUCUACCUCUCCGUCUCCUUCAUCCAGAUGCUGAAAGCCCUGAUGCCGGUCGCCGUCUACUCCAUCGGGGUCGCGCUCAAGCGGGAGAGCUUCAAGACCGACACCAUGGCCAACAUGCUCUCGAUCUCGGUGGGCGUCGCGAUUGCCGCGUACGGCGAGGCGAGGUUCGACGUCUGGGGGGUGAUGCUCCAGCUGGGAGCCGUCGCGUUUGAGGCCACGCGGUUGGUAUUGAUUCAGAUCUUGUUGACUUCGAAAGGGAUUACUCUGAAUCCGAUUACUUCUUUGUACUAUGUCGCCCCCUGUUGCCUGGUUUUCCUCUUUAUCCCUUGGAUCUUCGUCGAGUACCCUGUUUUGAGGGAGACGUCGAGUUUCCAUUUCGAUUUCGUAGUGUUUGGGACCAAUUCGUUCUGUGCUUUUGCCCUGAAUCUCGCCGUUUUCCUGCUCGUGGGCAAGACGUCGGCGUUGACCAUGAAUGUGGCUGGGGUUGUCAAGGAUUGGCUGUUGAUUGCCUUCUCGUGGUCGGUGAUCAAGGAUACUGUGACUCCGAUCAAUUUGGUUGGGUACGGGCUUGCAUUUUUGGGCGUUGCGUAUUACAACCAUGCCAAGUUGCAGGCAUUGAAGGCUAAGGAGGCGCAGAAGAAGACCCAACAGGCGGAUGAUGAGGAGCAAGGAAGGUUGUUGGAAGAGAGGGAAAGUGAAGGCAAUGGCAAGAGAAGUGAAUCGCAGAACUAAUAAUCUCACUUCUCUCCUUCUGAUUAGUUUCUGCUAUGAAGUAUUCAAGAUCUACGAGAAGAAAAGAAAAAAAUUUAGUUGAUUGGGAGGUGGGGGAAGGAAGAAUGAGGCAAUAAGAGCAAAAGGGUGACUGAGAUUGAGGCCGAGGGGGAUUUUGGAGCUGUAAAGGUUAGGGUUUUGGCUGGGCUCUGAGGUCUGGUCUGACCAUGGCCUUUGAUAGAGGGAGAGAGAAGAGGAAGAAGAAGAAAGGGAGCUGGUGUGGCUGCCUGGCAUUCUGCCAUUUACCUCAGUUCCCAUUUACUCAUUUCGGUAAUGUUCGGUUUCUCUUGGCUAGACUUUUACGUUGUUCUUCUUUUUUCUGUGCUAGUUGUCUCCUUAGUUCUUAUGGAGAGGUUAUUCGAGAUUCCAGCAGCAGAGGAGUAGCCUUGAAUUACCUUUAUUUUUUCUUUUUUUUUUCUUCGUUGAAUGUUGCACUUGGUAAUGUAGGAAGACAGGCGACUUCUAUUGAUGAUAAUGAGUAUCAAUCUUUUGAUUAGCACUUAUUUAUUCAUAUACAUGCAGUCUCUUUUCAAGUAUUUCCUGGUUAUGUGUUUGAGAUCUCUGAUCGAAUAUGUCACUGGUUCAUCAAUUUUGAAGCUUUCAAUGUUACUCCCUGUUGGAUAUGGAUUGAGCUGUGGCUACCGAGAAGGGUCGUCUUCAUGAUUAAUGUUGAAUGAAACUGAGGCAUCAUAAUGUAUUGCUUUGCUUGUGAAACUGGUGCUGCCUUUCACUAGGGCGGGUACAUUUUUAGCUGUCUAUCCUUGUUAGGGACGUUUUUCUUCAGGAUCUGCAUUUAAGGCUCUGCUUGUGAGUUGUGAUCACUGAUCUCCAUUUAAGACUUAGUUGGGGGUUUCCUUUGGACCAAUGGUUGUUGUGUGUGUUUCUUGGAUAAUUUAUCAUGGGUAUUAGCGGCGGAGCUAGGAAUCUUAAUGAGAGGGCUGAUUUGGGGAUGAGGGCGAAAGCCUUAACCAACUACUCUAUUUCCUAAAUUUGUUCUGAUUUUACAUGCAGUUUGGCCUAUAUUUUAUAGUUUAGGAGGGCUAUAGCCCCUCGUGACUUCAACGUAGCUCUACCACUAACUGGUAAGUUUUGUCUUGCAUCAUCAAAACCCCUCUAAAGCUUGAAUCACAUUUUCAACUUGAAUCAUAGGGACAACAUUCAUCACACCCUCCCCUACUCAUAGAAACCCCCUUGGUACUCGUUGCUGUUGGUAGCUAUCACCAUAUGGAGCUUUACAUCAGUAGUGUUGUACCCUUGUGGCCCUGUGUUUGGUCACAUAGGCUUUUUGUUGGAAAGGGAUGUUGAAUUGUCAUAUCUCAUAGCUCGUUAAAGUUUGCCUUUUGGAUUGUAACUUAACUUGUAAGAAAGCAGCCUGCAUGAGGGUUGUUUCUUGCUAUCCAACACGUACCCUUCUUUGGCUCUGAAAAGGCUGGUUUGGUUUGGUGCCAGUAACUGAAAAAGGAAAUGAGUUUUGAUAACAAGAAAAGAGCCAAGUGAUGAUUGGUCUGGUCUAUCACGUGUUAUGGGAGGGAACACACUGCUUUUGUUGCCUGAAGAGCUGAAACAACUGAAGAAGGAAUAUGAAUUCUGGUGUUCAAACUUCAAAGUGUCGGUGCAGUUAAGUUGUAUGGGGAAACUGCAGCCUUGGAUUGGGAUCUUAGAACUUGGGAGAUAUAGUUGUUGCAGCAGAAGCGAUGGUGAUGACUCCCAGAGGUGAAGAAGAGUCCGUUUGUUUAGGUACGCGUGUCGGUGUUUUUUCCCCCCAUAAAUGACCAAGUUUGCUGCUUUUCUCAUAUCGACUGUUUUGUACUAAUUACUAGGAGAAAAAACACACUAGUGCUUCUUUCAUACAAGUAAAAACAAAUAAGACUUGGACCUAUCGCACUUGUAUAUUGUUAAGUGAUGACUCGUGGUGUCUCAGAGCAUCUUCAACGGCAGCUAUCGUUGGAGCCGCCGCCGUCCGAAAAGCAUCUUUUACUGGCCAAGUAGUGUAGCCGGCCGACCUCAGCUUCCAGAAUUGGGAAAACAACAACAAUGGGAAAAGGAGAGAUGCCAACACAAAUUACCUUUGAGUUCCCAGCAUUUGUCAACUUGUUCCUAGUAUGUAUUCUGUUAAUCUGUUAUGAGUGUAAACAUAUGUUAUGUCCUAAUCAAGCCAUUUUCGACGAUUUUUCGAUCACGUGGUUAUUUUCCGUCUUUUAAAUUCUGAAUGGCUAAACGUCGUCCUAACUUUAUUAAUAUUGCCCUAACUUAUUUGUUAAAAUUACAUAAUAGUCCAAUUUAGAAAAAAAAUUCAAAACGCUUUUUAAAUCACAGAACUCUCCGCAUCGGAACACAACAAAUCAGCUGCCGACAACUUCCUCCGCUGCAACCACCCCAAUCCCGCCGCCUUCGUCCUCUUGUCGUCGACUCGUCGUUGGAACUCUCCCCCGCCGGAAGGCAGCAAAUCUGCCGCCACCGACGUCCUCUGCUGCAACCAAGCAACCAACCCAAUCCGGCCGCCUCCGUCCUCUUGUCAUCGUUCUCCUCCAGCAGCGCACCCCACUAUUGUCAUCAUUCCCACCAUUGCGACAGAGCCUCUCUUCCAUCCUGCCUUCGAUCCUUCUAUCACGUCCUCUCAAUCAUUCCAUUCGUUGUCCCUUAUAUAUUUAAAAAUUGAGAAGCAAAAUUAAAUUGAAUGGUGGAUUAAUUAUAUUAAUACCAAAUAUGGUAUGAUGGGGAGGACGGGGGCGGCCGGGCUGCUAUCGGUGGCCAAAGUGGGUUGCUGGUGGAUGAAGGGAGCAGCCGGGCGGGUAGUGGUGGCGACGAGUACUGUGGCCGCACUACCGGUCAAUUUUUUUUGGAUUGUUUAUUAUAAUAAAAUAUUUUUUGAAAC